AUGUCGGAGUAUCUAGCCCAAACGCCUUGCAAAUUUACUAUUUGGUCAAGCGAGAUAGAUCUUAUCAGAACAAACCUGUUGGUGAACGCACAUCCCUUAAGCACAGUCGGUAGACUACUUCAAUACAUACAUUAUCAAGUAUACAAACAACUAAGGGCCAUCUAUCAGCCAGAGGAACGGUACACGAGUGCAGCACCGCAUACACCCUUAAAUAGUAUUAGCACAUACUUUUUAAGGUAUGAGGACAAAGAGUUAUCUCCAACGUGUUUAUUAAAAGACAUCACAUCAUCAAGUCAUCUGGAUUCAAAUCAUUUUAUAAGGCUGGAGUUGGGUAAGCGUUCCUCCUCUUCGGGUUGCGCAGUUAACUUGGAAUAUGAUAUGGACACUGAAUUCAACUCUAUGAAUAUCCAGUUUGAGAUAAAUACGUUAUCAUCCCAGCGUAUAUUCAAUUAUAUGGAACCAAACUUGCCCAUUGGAACCACAUUGGCUAGAUUAGAGAAACUGGCAUUGGAACGCAUCAAGGAUUUCGAGAUAUCAGCAGGUAAUCUUUGUGGUAUCAAGGAGAAUCAUUCAGUGCAUGAUCUGCAGGGCUUCAUAAUAAAGGGGAAACAAACACCCAUGUUUUUAAAUUAUGGAAGUGAUUCAGAUUACUAUAAAGAUUUGAAUCUUGUAGAUUUGUUAGGGAUUGAUUUUACCCCGGCGCAUAACUCUUUUUUUACAUUUUUGUUCAAGAUGAACCAUGAACAAGGUACACAAAUUACCAACGAUGAAGAAUGUUUUGUACUGGAAUUCGUAUCUGACGCUACAUUAUCCAUAACUCAAAUGAAUGUUAAGCCAGAUACUACGGUAAAACAAGUGAAGGAUUUUAUUUGUUCUGUUUAUACCCACUCUUUAAAUUUGAGAAGAAAUGAUAUCAAAUUGAUAUACAAAGGACAACUACUUCAUGAGAACAAUUUUGCUGGCAACUCCUCGAAGAUCAGUGAAUACGUCAGAGAACCACACGAAGUGAAGAUCCAUGUGCAAAUUAAUCAAGAGUAUACGGAAUCGGGACCUGGGUUUUGGAAUGAAGUGUUCAACAAUCCAAAUAUUUUUCAAUUCAUGCCACCAGAUACGAGAUCACAGUCUCCUGUUAAUUUUGCUGCCGCACAUGGACAGCCGCCUGCUGUCACACCUUACAAUGAUCAAGGCGUGCAAUAUGUGACGGAAUCUGGAAAUGCCAUCGUCGUCUCUACGGAUGAACAUUACAAAAAAUGUAUUAUUAAUGGGAAUGAAGUGGUGUUCAUUCCUGUCAGUGUGCUAAAUUUACAAUCAAGUUAUUUGUCUGUUGUCUGUAGGGAUCACAAUGAAAUCAAAAUCCCCAUAUCUCUUAAUGAUUACAAGAUUGAUGGCCAUAAUAUUCUGUUAUCAUCUUCCGUUAUAGAGCAGUUAGAAUCUGCUCUGAAUUUUAAAAUUGAGAGAACACUGACUUCCACUCUGAUGGGUCACUCUGGUGAGCAUGUUCGAAUUGUAGGUAACACUCCUUCGAGAAAUGAUAAUAAUACGACAGAAAACGACGAGUCAGUAUGGAGUAGGAGGGUAUUGCGUCCCUUGAGAAAUAGUUUUCCAUUGCUACUAGUGUUGAUAAGAACUUUUUACUUGAUUGGCUAUAAUUCAUUGGUUCCCUUUUUCAUCGUUUUGGAGUUUGGAAGCUUUCUCCCUUGGAAAUAUAUCAUUCUACUGAGCUUACUUUUCGUUUUCAGAACUUUUUGGAACACACAGGAAGUGUGGAGUUUAUGGAGAAACUACUUGCAUUUAGAUGACAUUGAUGAAGCCAAGUUUAGCCAGAUCAGAGAUUUUAUUAACUCGAAUUCGUUGACCUUAAAUUUCUAUAAGAAAUGUAAGGAUACUCAAUCCGCUAUAGAUUUACUGAUGAUACCUAAUUUGCAUGAACAAAGGCUAUCAGUUUAUUCUGAAUAUGAUAUUGAGUAUGACACCAACACCCCUGAUGUCGGACAAUUAAGAUUGCUAUUUAUCAAGGUACUAUCGGGUGAAAUUCCCAAGGACGCGCUAGAUGAGCUCUUUAAAGGCUUUUUCGGUUUGUAUGAGGCGACAAGAAACGUGAACACGCCAUACCCUCAGGACUCUAUGAAUGAAUUGCUGCUGAUGAUAUGGAAGGAGUCUAACAAGAAAGAUAUUAGUACGUUACCCAAGUACAGAAGGUGGUUUCAAACCUUGUGCUCGCAAAUAAACACAAUUGCAGAGCGUAAUGUCUUUGAUGUCAUACUCAGGUACAUAAUUCCAGACCCUGUAAAUGAUAGCGUGAUAACCGCUGUGAUAAAGAACUUCGUGCUCUUUUGGGUCACACUACUCCCCUAUGUGAAGGAGAGACUGGAAGACAUUGUUACACAGAGAGCGAGGGACCGUGAACAAUCUGCUCCAUCCGUGCAAGAACAAGAAGACGAAAAUGAUGAAGCCAUCGUGAUCCCUGAACAAGAGCCAGCCGCCACAGGUGCACAAGCUCAUCUCUACAUCCCUGAUGAGGAUUGA